GCAGCACCGCUGCGCUAGGCAUGGCCGAGAGCACCUUUGCAGGAGCGGAAGGGAAGCGAAUGGCUAGCCAGGGGCCAGAGACAUGCACCCUCAGGCCAGCCUCUGCCCCGGCUGGUGGGAAGAUGAGAGGCAGCCCAAGCUCACCAAGGCUCCCCCCGGGCUGGAGGAGAGCAAGCCAGCAAGAGGUGGGCAGCAGCCAGGGAGCCACCGACACGCCCAGCCUGUGCCACAGUGCAACGGGGACCCUCCCAGCUGCAGGCAGGGGCCAUGCCAGCUGCGCUCUGCCCAGAGGGAGCAUGGGGAAGCUAUGCCCCGAGAACGCGGCCCGGGAACGCAGCCGCGUGCGGACCCUGCGCCAGGCCUUCCUGGCGCUCCAGGCUGCGCUGCCCUCGGUCCCGCCAGACACCAAGCUCUCCAAGCUGGACGUGCUCGUCCUGGCCACCAGCUACAUCGCCCACCUGACCCACACCUUGCACCAGGGCCAACUGCCCCCCGAGGCAGCCCCACUGGCGAGGGCGCCCAGCUUCCUGCACCCCAUGAAGAAAUGGCCCAUGCGGUCCCGUCUCUACGCUGGAGCCUGGGGAGCGGAUGUUGCUGACCUGCCUGCAGCUUCGCCCGCAGCCCCCAGCAGCAGGAUGAGGAGGGGCUGUGAGGGGGGCAGCCCUGUGACACUUCCCAGCCUGCAGCCCAGCGCUCCAGCUCCCUGCAUGGAACCGAGCCCGAGGCCGGCCGAGCCGGCUGCCUGGCCCCACGGGACCCCAGCACUCUGCAGGGCUGGCCCAGACUCGCCUCGUCUCUGAUCUCCCAGACCCUGGCAGCAGCAGCCAUGUGACCCCGGCUGGCACCGCCUCCUCCCAUUGGCUCCAGCCUCCUCGGGGUCUCUGCUGGCCCCAUUGCCCCCGCUCUCAGCCGACCCGGCCUGGCCAGCAAGGAAACGCAGGCAAUGGACUGAUCCCCUCCCUGCAGGGAGACAGCCGGGCUCCCAGGCCGAGAGGAAGAGGAGGGAAGAGAUGGGGGAGGAGGAAGGCCUCAGGCCAGAGAGCAGGUGGGAGCCACAUCACAGUGUGCCUUCCCAGCCCUUGCCGUGGUCCCCAACCCCACAUUCCAACUCACGCUGUGCAAUCCGGGUUUGACGGGCAGCAUGGUCUGGUCCUGGACAUCUGGACUCCUGGGUUCUGUUCUCACUGACGCAGUUGGUAGCCUUGGGCGGAUCUCCGGAGCAUGUAGGGAUGGGAUCCAAGCCAGGAGCCACCUCAUCCGCAGUCCCGGCUCUCACAGUGGCCAGUGCCAGGCGCUGAACAGGGUGGGUCCCAGAAACCCGCAGUGGCAGCUGCAGUUAAUCUGCCCCGAGAAGGUCUCCCUGGUCUCUAAGCAGGAGCCGCUCAAGGCCUGAAGCUGGGGUUUCAUUCGCUGCCCCGAAGUGCUCUUAAGGCCGAGUUCAGGCUGAGUGCUGACCCUGCCAUGUGUCCACCCACAGCAUGGCCUGCACUGAGCCUCAGUCCCAUCUCGGUACCCUUGGGAGCCCGACCGUCCCCUGCAGUGCAGACGGGCAUCCAGGACACUCCCUGUGCAUGUGGCUUGGACAGCAUUAAUGGGGGGAUCGCCCCAAGCCCUGCCCAGCGCUAUGUGCCUAACUCAAGUCAGUGCCCCAGCAUGGGGACCUUUGAGCGGUUUGGCUAUUAAAGUGGGUGCCUUACGGGCAAACGCCCUCUCCCCGUACCACUAACCCUCCUCCCGCCCAUGCACAGUGGGUCCGUAGCACCCCCAGGGUUACGGAUGCACCAGGAUUUACAUUUGAACCAGGGCAAAACAGAGCUCCAGCCAUUGCAUGUUUCGCUGUACGGUGUGAUUUGUACCUGCCCCAUGUGGUCUGGGCACGGCUCACGGUGGUGGCGGGGGUGGGGGGGGGCGCUGAGGUCUGCUGCAGCUGUUGUGAAAGACCCUGUCAGUAAAUGUUUUCUAGUGUCCAACAUGCCUGCAGAGCCCCUCCCACACGGACCAGCCUGCUGCAGGGGGCGCAGCGCUGGGGGGCGCUGGGUUCGCCUGGCCUGGAGGAGUUUGUGUGGGAAGCACUUGGCUGGGUUUAUUUUCCUCGAUAAAGGCGAGUUCCUGUUUCACGGGAGGUCAGCGGACAGGUGCUGCCUUGGUCCCUGGCUCAGGACUUGCAUGCCAGUGUGGAUGCCCUUCUGGGCGCUCGGACCCCUCCGCAAUUCCUGGCCUGGCGUUGCUCACUCUCAUGCCUGGGGUUCAGGGCGAGGAGAGGAGCAUGGGGCACAGGGCUGUCCCCUGGCCGCAGCCAUUUUCUUGCAUCUUUCAGCUGCCUUUUCUCGCAGCCCUGCUCUUCUCCUGGACGACUAGCUAUGGAGUUGGCAGUGCCAGUGCCAGAAGCAGGAACUUCUCCCUGGAAAACCCACCAUACACAGCACAGCCUGACCAAGAGUUGCCAGGGCAGGACUUGGGCAUGCAGGGCUUGGGUGCCACCCGGGCGGGCUCAGUGGCCACAGCCUGCCUGAGAACAGGCACAAGGGACUGCUGGUGGCUCCCCCAGCCUUGCCUGUUUCCCAGAGGGGCCGUAGUGGGCAGCAGCUGAAACCAGGCCCCAUGGUGAGAUCAGCCAGUCUCAGCCCCAGGUGUGUGCCAGGCAUGUUACCAAAUGUGGCCGUGUUGGGGUGUCCCUAAAUCGCUGGGUCCCCUUGCUGGGACCACAGGGCCUACAGCGGGGACCCUGAGCACAGCCAUUCUCCGGCCAAGCUGAGACACGGGAAUUUCCCAGCACUCAGAAGAAUCGGCUCUUAAACAGCGAGCAGGUUUCAACCUUCAUCAUAGUGCAACACCACUGCCUUCCAAACAGUGACUGUCACUUACACUGGCUCUGGAGAGUCCUGUGAGCCAGAGGCAGCCCCUCUUUGAACCUUGCCAGAUACUUGCCUCACAACUUCCUGUGGCAGUGAGUUUCACAGGCUAAUUAUGCAGCAUGUAACCAAGUCUGUAUUACUUCCUUUGAAUGUCCUUGAUGGUCCCCUUAGGCUUGUGCUGUGGGGUUUGGAGAGCAGAAUCUGCCUUCUCUGAGCAUCCUGGUUUUACAGCCUUGUAGCACAUCCCUUCUCUGUCCCCCUGGAAGGCAACAAGCCCAAUCAUCUGUCUCUGCAUAGCUGAGAUUUUCCAGCCCGUGUUGCCCUCUGCUGACCCUCCCGCUCUGCUCUCUCCUUGGCAGGGGAGGGCCCCGCACUGCACAUGGUGUCUCUGGAUUAUUCACCACCUCCUUCCUUGUGCAACCCAAUACUUGGGCUCUGUCCCCCAGGCGCUCCCUGCCCCCGUGGGGGGCUGGGCCAAUGCACAGCUGGGGUGCAGCUGGGUCCGGCCCAGAGAAAGGGGGGACCUGGCCCAGCCAGGCAGCCAACUCCUGGUGCUGCGGGUGGGAGGCUCUGGAGGGGCUGCCGGUGCAGUGAGAGGAACCAGCAACCCAGCUCCAUGGGAAAGAGGCCAGGGCCAAGGCUAGGGCUGUAAAUCUGUCUGGCACCUGGACAGCGUCCCGCUCACUAACGAGGCCGCCUUCUCCUCCACUCAGCUGCCUCUGCCGGGAAGCGGGGUCCUUCACGGCACAGCUGGGGCCUGGGGAGCACUUCCCCCCAGCCACCCAUGUGCCAGCCCUGCGUGCCCCCAGCUGUCAGCAAGGAGCCACUGGGAGCAGAGCCGUGGGGCCCCUCACUGGGGAUGGCUGGAUGCAGCUGCCCCAGACAGCUGGUCUCCCUGUCCGCGGGCUGGGCCGGGGGUCUGGACGAAUGGAGGGACAGACAGGCAGGGCCUGGGGCCCAUGCUGCUGUGCUUUGAGCCUGCAGAGCAAAUGUGGGGGGGAGUUCGGUGCUGCAGAGUGUUGGGGGGGCAGGGGUUGGAGCUUCAGCCUCUGGCAGCUGGAGCCCGCCUAGGGGCCAGGACAAAUCACCCCCCCAUUCAUGUCUGGAGAGGGGCUGCCCUCGGCCACAGGUUCUGUUCUGCCCUUGCCCAGCACUCAGGGCCCAGCUCUGUGCAUGCAGCGACCCCCACCCCACCCCUCCCCCACGGCCCUGCCCUGGGGUUACUGCCUGGCCAGGAUUUGACCCGCCUGGCCCUGUUUUUUAGGGAUUUGCAGUUGCCAGGAAAAGACCGGCCUGUGCUGGGCUGUCUGACAUGGGGCCAAAGCAGGGUUCUCCAACAUGGGUCGUGAGCUGUGACCCCCCCCCCCGUGUCUUUGAUUUCUAGGGGGGCUGGGUGCACUCAGAGGCUUCCUGUGUCAAUGCAAAACAUUUGAGAACCACCGGGCUCCAGCGUCGUGUCUCCCCGUGCGCCAGGCUGGCCAGUGUGAAAGGCCUGGGGCCAGCGAGCGGGGCUGCCCUCUUCCCACAGACACAGGACAGGCGAUGCCCGAGCAGCCUGUGGGACAGACAGCGGCUGGCUGCCCCCGCCACACGAGCGGCCGUGCAGGAUUGAGUCACGCAUGUGAGGAGCCGUGCGAUGUGCUCUCAGUUGUGCCGAGCUGUGUUACCUCACUAGGUGCUAGGCGUGGCUGCUAGGGGAGGGGGCAGGGUUCCCUGGUGGGGCUGGGUUUUUUGAAGCUCAAAGGUGGUAACCCUACCUGCCCCACAGCCGUGCCCAAGCCCACUGCAUUGUGCCAGCCCAGCCCUGGGCCCCAUGGUGCCAGCUCCUGCCUGCUCGCAGGCACUCCCAGCCCAGUAGC